ACGAGAGGCGGCAGCGCGGAGACAGGCUCGGCUCACCUCUCGCUCUCUGCCCCGCGUGGACAUCCUGGUCGGGAUCGACGCCGCCUGAGCGCUCCCAGCCCCUGCGCUUCUCCUCUCCGGCUCCGUCGUUCGUGGCCGCCAGCAUCGCUCACUUGUUGCCUGAAGCCGAAUCUCUCCUUCUCCAUUCCUGCUCCGCGCGUGCACGUGAGUAUUCAGACGGAAAGUCUCACUGGGGAGAGAGGUUUUGCGGGACUGGCUCUGGAUUUCUGGGGAGAUUUAUUAUUUUGGGGGUGGGGGAGAGGGGGUGUCCCCUGCAACUCUUUUCCCAAAAAAUUGGGCGCGUUGGUUAUUUUGCAAUACAGAACCCCCCCCCCCCAAAAAAACCAGGUGGUAGAAAGAAAUGGAACAUGGAUCCCAAUAGCAAGUGCAUUCUGUUGAUUUGGGGGGGGGGUGUAUUGGGAAAAUAGCGAUAAAAGAGGGGAGGGUCCGGCAAUGUUUCCUUUUCUCUCCCAUGAGGGGGUUGAACUAGAUGACCCUGGAGUCCCUUCCGAUUCUAUGAGCUCUGCAUUCUCAGGUGAAAACACUGACAACCGCUACCCCCGCCCCCCCAAACCACCCAAGGCAGCGUCUAAAUAAAGGAAAAGCAGACAAACAAACAUCUCAGCUCUCUGAAUUGGAGGUAUUCAGCAGAAGAUUAUAAGUCACCAUCCCGCGCGUGUGGGUGGCUGGAAUGUUCUUGCCUCAACCUGUUCACAUCUGUCUCUCUGUCCCUCCACAUCUGUCUGUCGGCCAUCCAUUCAUCCUGGAGGGACGGGCUGUGCGUUUUUUUGUUUUGUUUUAACCCUGUACAGUAUCAGUGUUAGUUGCUUCAAGUGAGAUAACUAUAAUCAUUUCCUGGUCCUGAAUUUUUUGUUUUGGCUGUUUUCACACACACUCUCCAAAACGAGUGUUGGUCUUAAAAUACUGUGUUACAAGCCACCUUGAAAGUCUCCAAUGGAAAAGCAGGAUAUAAAUGUUUUUUAAAAUCAGUCGCAGUAAUUAACAAUAGAAACUGUUUAACUGCAAAGUUUUAUUCUGUCUUCAUUCGUCCCUAGCAUGACAAUAGGAUGGGAAAAACUAACGUGAUGACUCUGGACUACAACUCCCAUCAUCCCUAGCCAUUGGCUGUGCUGACCAGGGCUGAUGGGAGAUGGAGUCCAACAGCAACUGGAGGACCCUGCUGUAGUACAAUCUUCAGUCUUUUGGGAAGGACCAACCCUGUUAGACUUGCCCAGCCGCUUUCCUUCUCACCCUGUAACUUUGUGUGUCUGUAACGAUACCUGAUCAAACAUGGAUUCAUUGUAGCAGGGAGUUCCGCUGACCUCGUUCCUUACCCAGAAAACUAUGUUUCCAUUAAUCAGGUUUCUCGUAUCUCCCAGGUCUCACCGUCAUCUUUGGACCCACGAUGCUCUCUCAUCUCACCUUCCUCCUGCUGGCAUGCCUGGCUGUGCCCAGCGGGGCCCAGCGUCCACAGAUUCAGCUACGGCUGGUGGGGCCCAGGAGCCAAGUAGGCGAAGGGCGGCUGGAAGUGUUGUACAAUGGGCAGUGGGGCACCGUGUGUGACGACGACUUCAACAUUCAUGUGGCGGGCGUGGCUUGCAGGGAGCUGGGCUACGAAGGUGCCGUGAACUGGGCGCACAGUGCCAAGUACGGCCCAGGAGAUGGUAAGGAGGAACUGGAAUGGGGGGACAUGGGGUGCUGCUGCUGCUGGGCUCAGAUUUAGAUGGGUUUCAUAAUAGAAUCAUGGAAUUGUAGAGCUGGAAGGGACCACGAGGGUCAUCUAGUCCAACCCCCUGCAAUGCAGGAAUCUUUUUGCCCAAUGUUGGGCUUGAACCUACGACCAUGAGAUUAAGAGUCUUGUGCUCUACUGACUGAGCUAUCCUGCAGACUUCAGCCUUCUGACCUAUUCCCAGUUUCCAAGCUGAGGACCUGCAAAGAGGACCUCUGAGCAUUGUCUUCACUGUCAAGUAACCACAGUCCACAUUAAGAUCAUGGGCCCUUGUUUUCAGGAUCUGAAAUGCUGCUUCCAGGCCAGUCUGAGCUGUACAGAACAUUUCCUUUUUAGAAACGAGUGCUUUGGUCAGGCUCUAGCCUUCUUAUCAGCUCCAGUGUCACCAAGGGCUCUCAGUGGGUGGAAGAUUUGGUUUGGCACACCUCAGUAAAACUGCUCUUGGCAAGGGGCACCAUAAAGAGGAGGGCAAGUGUGCCACCUGGAGUUUUUUAGAAGGAACUCCCUGCUAAUGGUUCACUUCAACCCUGCUCAGUGUUCCAAAGUGCUGGCUGCCUUGCCAAGGGCACAGAGAUGCCAACCUGGAGUGGCACCAAAGGUGGAGAAAUUGCUUUUGAAAAUGUGCUUGUCUGUUGGCACGCACAUCUGAAACGUACGUCACCAUCUUGAACCUAUGCAUCCAGGUCUAGGGGGCUGUGGAAUGCCAGACCCCCUCUAUGAUGCAGCGUAUUUCGUUCAGGCUAAUUUAUAUCCAUGGUGCUUUUUUCUUUUCUUUUCGGUCAGGUAAUUCUACUGAAAAUAUCUCAGGUCUGAAAAUAUCUCAUGUCGCCGCAGAUAGGCUGGCAUCCGAUUAGCACAGUCAAUCUGCCCAGAGAAAUCUGCAUGAUAAAUUAAGUCCUUGUUCUAAUGUCAAAUGCUUUGGUGUUGUGCUAAUGGGAAGAUUUACCUUAGCAGGGAUGGGCAGACUUCAGGUUUAGGGGAUGUACUCUGGAUCCCCCCCUCCAAACUUGAACCCCAACGUUCACCAUCCAGAACCAGGUACAAAAUAGUGGCUCCAAAGAGGCAGAUAUUUAUUUAUAAUGACUGAGCACAUAAGCAGCACAGAAACCUGGUUUUGGUACCCAAACUGAACUCAGGGGUCUUUUUGCUCAAAAUCAUCUCCAUCUUUCCACCCACCCUCAGCAGCCUCAUUUAGAAAAAGAUAGGUGUUUUUCUUUUACAGUACAAUCCUAUACAUGUUAACUCAGAAAUAGCUCAAUGGGACUUGCUCCCAGAGAAGUGGGUACAGGAAUGUGGCGUUAUCAUUCCUGUUUCCAAGCAACUAAAAUUGGGAGCCAAGAAACCCUUGAUCACCUACUGAAGAUCACCCAGGGGUCUCCUACCAGUAGGUUUUUGUCUGCUUUCUGCCAACCCCUGCCUUACAGUAUAAAUCAGAGAGUAUGGGUUUUCCUAGGAAAGUGGCACCUACCUGGAGGAAAUCGGGCUGUGACAGCCAUGCUUGGAAAAAGAAUAGCUAGGAAUCCUUGUUCUGUCUAUCCAUAGGCCCCAUCUGGCUGGACAACAUGCGCUGCUCUGGCACAGAAAGUUCCUUGGCUGAGUGUGAAUCCAAUGGCUGGGGUGUGACAGACUGCAACCACAACGAGGACACGGGCGUGAUCUGCACAGGUCUACGCCGAUCCAACCCAGCUACGGCACGCAUCCAGGUGAGGGCCUCUCAUUGGACACUGGAGCUCUGCAAGAGGGGCUGUGUGGACAGCCUUUGACCCUCCAGAUGUCGCUUAACGAUAACUCCUAUCAGUCAUGGCCAGUUGGUCAAUGGGUAAGGAUGAUAGGACUCAGAGUUCAGCAACAUCUGGAGAGCUAAAGGUUCCCCACAUCUGGCUUAGACCCACAUCUCAUGCCUAUUUGCUCUGAUGUGAGCUGAACUGAGUUUCAUGGUACAUAUUCCUCAGUAACUGGCCAUAAAUCUGCAGCCUAAUGGGAGACAAACCCAACCUUGGAACAUGUCUCCCCUCAUCUGUGGACGGGUGAAGUAACAUGUACCAUUUCCUUUCUUUCAUGCAGGACUCCAGAGUGGAAGAUGUGCGUAUCAAGCCAAUCCUGGCCAGGGCCAAGUUGGCUUCUCCCAUCACAGAAGGCGCCCUGGAAGUGAAAAUCCACGGGCGUUGGCGCCAGGUGUGUGAUGCCGGCUGGACGCGCAACAACACUCGAGUGGUGUGUGGGAUGCUGGGCUUCCCCAAGGAAGGACGAGUUGCCACAGGCUUCUACAGGUCAGAGCUGGUGGGGGGAGGGGGGCUGCACAGGUGGAAGGGCAAGUUGCCUUGUCAGGGCGCAGUGGUGCAGAUGCGGCUGAGAAAGCGACAGAGGGCACCCAUGAUGGGAGGCAGCUUGAUGUGCAUGCACAAAGGGUGCAUAUGCAUCAGUACAGGAUGUUUGGUGGGGAAGCAUUUGGUGCAUAGGAACACCGGAAGCUGUUUAAGUCAGAUGAUUAGGUCUACCUUGCUUGCUAUUGUUACAGAAGCCUGGCACCUGUCCCACACGGGAUCUCAGGGGCCCACACAGAUUCUGUGUCCCUUUUGAGAAUAGAAGACACAGCGGAGGUUGUUAUGCUUUAAGAAAUAGCAUUUAUUCGCCUGUUUACACCUUCCAUCUGCAUGGAGGAGGUUCAGAUCCUACAGCAUGGUCCACAGCAGUGCAGGCAGUUUUUCCUUCACCCUCACCAAUAUUUUCCCUUCCUCCUCUUUCUUCUUCCCAGAAACCCCUUGCCCUCCCCUGAGCUGUUACCCUGGCAACCUUCCAAAUCUCCAGUCUCUGGUCAUACCUGGGACAAGGAGUUGUUGAUGACCCUCAAUGGCUCUCUAACUUUUAUUAUUUUUCUUUUUUUAUAACACAAAAUAUAACAACUUUUCAAACACAAAUCAAAUACUUUUGCUCCACCGAGCACACGACUUCCCUCCUUCCCUUCAACUGGUUUCCCAAUUUCUAAUAAAUUGCAUGCGCAUUUCAACUGCCAGUUUCUGUCCUUCAGUAUACAUCAAGUUAUUUUUUGGUCCAUGAUCAGAUACUAUUUUUACGUUACGUUACAAGAUUUAUUUCAGUCCUGCUAGUGUCUUCACAUUUUUGCAAUAAUCUUUCAAGUAGUCAAUAAAUUUACUCCGAUCUCUUUGGAAUUUCUGGCCGCCUUGGUUCCAGAUCCUAAAAGUCAGCUUGGCUAACUCCGCAUAGUCCAUCAUCUUCGUCUGCCACCCCUGAAUCGUUGGUAAUUCUUGUGACUUCCACCUUUGGGCCAACAAAAUUCUUGCUGCUGUUGUGGCAUACUUGAAUAGUCUUUGAUCUACUUUUGCAAUUUUGCAAAAAUUGCAAAAUGGUUCUCUGUUGUAAUGCUCACAGCUCUGCUCUUCCCUCAGCCAGCCAGGAACCCCCUUGCAGCUUAUAUUCUCCCUUCAUAUCACAAAGAACCCCAAAUCCUAGCAUUUCUUAACUUCUAGGGUCGACUCCACAUCUCUAACACUAUUGUCUAUGCUGACUGACAGUUUCAGGGAGGGAAACUUUCCCAGCCCUACCUUAGAGAUGCUGGGGCUUGAACUGGGGAGCUUCUGCUGCAAAGCAGAUGCUCUACCACUGAGCUAUGGCUGUUCUCACAUAGAAUCAUAGAACUGUAGAGUUGGAAGGGACCACAAGGGGCAUCUAGUCCAACCCCCUGCAAUGCAGGAAUCUUUUGCCCAACCUGGGGCUUGAACCCACAACCCUGAGAUUGAGAGUCUCCUGUUCUACCAACUGAGCUACCCCAGAGUCUUAUGCAGUAUGUGAUUUGGUGUGUUUUUUAAACACCAUUUUCACAAUAGUCCUGCAUACACAGGUGACUGGUGCACAUGAGUGGCUUCCUGGGGCACAAUGGCCUUUCUAUGUCUUGCCUCAGUGUCCAUUUUUGUCUCUCACGACUGUCCUGUCCCAUUCCUGUGGCUUUGUGGGAUCUGACUAUGCCCCCCCCUCACGUGCUGGUAGUCCCACGUGCCCCUGUUUUCUUCUGCUCAUCUUCCAUGCUCCACCCACCAUUCUCUCUAUAAAUAUAGCCCUGCAAUGAGCAGGUGUGGGUGCCAGGACCAUCUCUCUGGCGGGAUGAGCCAAACCGCAGUGGGGUAAUUACAGAGAAGGCUGGGGCUGGCCCAGGCAGCUUCUCACAGAGGAGAAGGACCUGCUGUUUCUGGCUCUGAGCCUGGGAGGCUUCCUCCCCAGACCAACAUAUUUCUUGCGGGCUGUGGAGAGACUUGGGCCCAUCUUCCCAGACCAUGAGGGUGAGGAUUCAGCUAAAGAUGCCAAGGCCCUUGGUACAGCUGCACAAUCUUGAUUUAGAUUACCCAUCCUUUUCUGCGGCUGCUGGCACUCUUGUACCAUUUGCCACAGCUCUGGAAUUUGUUUACAGGAGAAACCGUGCAGCUUUCCAGGAGUCCGGUGGUGGUGAGGGCAUGGCAACAGCAGCAUCAUCCAGUUGCUGUUUGAAAUGUGGGCAGCUCCCCCAGAGGGAAAAAGUGGGAGAAAGGAAGGGCAGCUGGAUGAAUAAGGCUCUGGAACGGGUGUUUACUUUGUCUUGUGUCUUUUAAAUUUACUGCAGUUUUCUGUGUUGUUGGUCCCCCCCCCCCAUUUUUAUUACAUGUCAUACAUUACAUUGAGAUGUGUGAGAAAGGUGAUAAAUAAAUAAAUUGUUAUGACUAUUAGUAAUAGUAGUAGUAGAAUAAGUGUUUAGAAUCUAUGAUGAUGAACUUUUUGAAAAAGAACCCAUCCAAACAAAAAGUCAGUGCUUUUUUUCUUUAAAAAUGUUUAGGCGUACUCUCAUUUUGACUCAAAAAAACCCCCACCGUUUUAUAGUUCAAAUCAGGAAAAAUAAAUACAGUAAAUGGACAUAAGUACAAAGAUACACAAAAUGUUUAGGGGUAUGCGUACCACUGCAUCCUCCCCAGAAAAAACCACUGCAAAACGUCUCAAUAGAAAGCACAUUUGGGUCUCUAUAGAAGUGGCAACUCCAGUCACACACCAUGCGUGUUCUAAAUACCAUUCUCCUGAUGCACUGAUAUUCAAUCUUCUCACCCUUCAGGAAACUCUGGAAUCAGAAGCUGAAGGAUCCACGGUCCAGGUGAGGAUUUUUACCAGUCUUGUCCUUCUGUUCAGCAGUGCACGAUCAAAAUGUGAUAAGAGGAGACUUGGAAAUGCUAGGAAGGAGAAGCAUCAUCUCUAGAGGCCAGAAUAUGAGAUCUCUGCACAAGGAUGACCCCUCUCCUGUCCAAAAGUCCCCUUUGAUGACCCCUACCCUGUCCAAAAGUCAGGAUGGGCAAUGUCUGCCUCAGGCUCAGAGCCAGAAGUGAAAUGUGGGUCUCAGGGAUUCGUUUGCCCCCCUCCCCUUUCCCUGCUUGCUCCCAAGAGUUUUUAGCAGCAAAUUUUUGAAGCACCAGCAAAGAUUGUGAGAGGAAAGAUCAUUUGGGAUGUGGUCCACCCACCUCCCUAUCACCUCUGCCUUUUAAUUUUACAGUUUAAAGAGCCUGACUGCAAACAACACAUUCUGGAUCCACCGGAUCAAGUGCCUGGGCACGGAGGCCCAUCUGGGUGAAUGCAAACUGCAUGUGCCUCCUCCAGCUAGGAACCAACCUUCCUGUCCCGGGGGCAUGCAUGCCCUGGUCAGCUGUAUAGCAGGACCACAGUUCCAGCCUAUCAGAGCCAAGCUGCCUGGCCAAGCCAAGCCCAAAGAGGUAAGCAGAAGGGGGCACAUUUCCCACUGGGCAGAGUCGGUGUCAGACACACCUUGCAAGAAGGAGUCCCUUAUUUAUUUCAUAAAAUUUAAACACCGCUUGAUUGUAAAGGGGGGCGGACACCUUAAAGUGGUUUACAAAAGAUAAGACUAUAAAACCAAGAACUAGACCAAAGUCUUCCUAUCAAGCGUGGGAGAACUGAUGGUGCAGUGGAACUGUAGGUUCCACCAAUAACUGCACUGUCAUGGCAAAAAAACCAUUAUUUCCCUCUUGGUCUUCCCUGCCAUUGCUACUUUAGAAGUCACCCAGUCCUAGUAGCCAGCUCCUAGGGGGCAAUGUCCCUUCGGCCCCCCAAUAAAAUAUUUGAGGGGGCUGCUGCCCCAAAUUUGGUGGGCAUUGCCAUUCAAAUGGUGUGCGUGUGCCACAUCCUGUGAUCAGUUAUGUGGGGUGGGGCUUACUUUCCCCAAUUUUUUUAUUAUGCCAGUAUUUUAUUCAAGUUGGCAGCUUUGUCAAGACAGGCAGGUGCCCUCGUGCCUGCUUUGUCUCAUAUCCGCUUUUCCACUCCUGCAGGAGCAGCAGGUUCGUCUCCGUGCGGGCGCACAAAUAGGUGAAGGGCGUGUGGAAGUGCUGGUGGGUGGCCAGUGGGGCACCGUGUGUGAUGAAGACUGGGACCUGCCUGCCGCCAGUGUGGUGUGCCGACAACUGGGAUAUGGCACGGCACGAGAAGCUCUUUCCAGGGCUCAGCUGGGCCAAGGUGAGUGGAGGAUGAGGCUAUGCAAGCAUUACAGGGGAGCUUCGCUCGUCCUGUGGGGGAAGGAGAGACAAGGAAAGGACCAGUUCUGGGCCAGGUGUCCCUCCCUCUAGAACACUCCACAGAGCCACACAGUUUGGAAGGGGAAAGGGAGACCCAUGGAGGGUGGCAGAAGGAAUCUUUGGUGACGGAGAGUGUGGGCUGGGGAGAGAGAUCCAAGGGACUGUUGAGGCAGGGGAGGAAGAAGAAGAAGCAGGGAGAGGAAGAGCCAAGCAAAACAUCAUGCUGGGAUAGCUCAGUCAGUAGAGCGUGAGACUCUUAAUCGUGGGUCGGGGGUUUGAGCCCCACAUCGGGCAAAAGAUUCCUGCAUUGUAGGGGGUUGAACUAGGUGGUCCUCAUGGUCCCUCCUGACUCUACAAUUCGAUGAAAACAGAGGUUGGGGAAGCAGUGAGGCCAGUCUGGUGACUGUCCAUCCCUACUAAAAGCGGCUCCUGUUACAGGCCUGGGUCCCAUCCACUUGACAAGAGUGCGGUGCAGGGGCUACGAGCGCUCGCUGGCAGAGUGCCGCUCCCAAGGGGCGAUGCAGACGGGGUGCCGUCAUGAAGCAGAUGCAGCUGUUCGCUGUAAUGUGCCCCAGACAGAAGCUCGGAGCCAGGUAAGACCCGAUUCCUUGGGGGCACACAGGGAGUGAGACAAAUAACACGAGGAGGGGAAUCAGGUGUUAUUCUUUUGGACUCUGGUAGCUGAACUGACACUUGCUGGGCCCAAAGUUCAGGGCUGGGGGGCUGCAAAGCGGCUGAGGCCCAUCUCAAGCCCAUGUGAAGACAAACAGCUACCACUUGGUUCACCCAAGAGGUGAGGUGCUCUCAAGCCUGCAUCCCUUAGUCACUGGGCCCUUUCCUUCUCUGAAUUCUUAGCAGCGGUCAUAGGUACACCUGUGACCCAGACCUUACUACACUGGAAUGAUCUAGCCCAUUAAGCCAUUUCCCUCUUUCAGGUACGCCUGGCCGGUGGGCGCACUCCAGAGGAGGGCGUGGUUGAGAUCCUGGUUUCCAAGGGAGGUGCCUUGCGCUGGGGUGCCGUCUGCGGGGAACACUGGGGACUCCAGGAAGCCAUGGUCGUGUGCCGGCAACUGGGGCUGGGCUUUGCCAGCCAUGCUCUCCAGGUGAGUUCUUGCACCCAGAGCCAGGUUCUGAUCCUGCCUGGAGCAGUCAGCUGCACGUGGCUCGCUUCCUCAGUCGCAUGGAUGGAGGCUGAGGCUUCCUGUCCAAGCAUCCAGAGCUGGGGAGGAGUUGAACAGGGCGCCCUGGAGCUUGUGCGAUGAAGAAGGGCUGCUGUGCACCCAACGCUCCCAGGGUCGUGUGGGGUUUUGCUCAGCAGAAUUGCCUUUGCUCUCUUUCCAGGAGACGUGGUACUGGAAGGGAAACUCUGAUGCUGCCAAGGUGGUGCUGAGCGGCGUGCGCUGCAAAGGCACUGAACUCUCCAUCCUGGAGUGCCAGCACCAUGGGCCUGUGCACUGCCCGUCCGGAGGGGGGCGCUUUUCUGCCGGAGUCACCUGUACCAGCAGUGAGUGGAAAGGGAAACAGACCAGCAUCGGUGGCAGCACAUCACAUGAUAUGGCAGCUACAUCUGUGGGGAUGUAGCAGCCACGUAGAGAGCUAGUGUGGCAUAAUGGUUAGAGUCUUGGACCAGGACCUGCGAGAGCAGGGUUCGAAUCCCUACUCAGCCAUGAAGCUCUUUGGGUGACCUUGGACCCAUCGCCUUCUAUCUCUUAGCCUAGCCUACCUCAUAGGGUGGUUGUGAUGAUUAAAUGGAGAAGAGGAGAACCAUGUACACCGCCUUGAGAUCCUUGGAAGAUAAAACUGGCAUAUAAAUGUAAUAAAUAAAAAACAUGAGAAGCAUAGUUCUGUCCUGGGGGAAGGCAGGUAGAUUCAUCUCUGGCCAGGUCCAGACAGAGGGGGGGCCAUAUGGGCCACUUGGCCUGGGCCUCCGAUUCCAAAAGGGGCCUCGGUCAGCAUAUUCACAAUCACAGAGGAUGCACUGGGGCCUUGAAAUAAAAUUAUUUGUCAGCAUAACUUUUGUGAAAAUUAUUUAUAUACUUAUUUAUAAGACCUCAGUUAUCCCCAGGGUAAAAAAAGGGGGGGCACAUUAUUUACCCGGUCCAGGCUUCUGCCUGGCUCUGCAAGGGCCUUUCUCUGGCCAUAUGCAGUGCUGAGUUCAAAGGAUGCAGCUAUUCGGGAGGCGCUUGGGAGGGAGCAGUACGGCAGAUCAGGGUUGUCUGUCCUCAGAGUUUAACCUCCCACUACACACACAGUCGGGACAGCGUGACACCUCAUGUAACUUUGGACUUCUCUUUGUAGGUGCCCCAGAUCUGGUGAUGAGUGCCCAAAUAGUGCAGGAGACUGCCUAUCUAGAGGACCGCCCACUGAGCAUGCUGUCCUGUGCGCACGAAGAAGGCUGCCUUUCUGCCUCUGCCGAUCGCAUGGAGUGGCCCUACGGCCAUCGCCGCCUGCUGCGCUUCUCCUCGCAGAUCCACAACCUCGGCCGGGCUGACUUCCUUCCAAAAACCGGGCGCCACGCCUGGAUCUGGCACCAGUGCCACAGGUAGGGGGUUCCCUCUUGACACAGCGCUGCCACUCCUGCCAUAUUCACCGCUAGCAGAGGGAUGCAGGUGCCCUAUGGAGCAUGUGCAGGAUUUGGAGCUGGAUGCCAGAAACCGAUUGUCAGGAUCUGCCUGCUAUGCAUAUGCGGUCCAGACUUCCUUUCCUCUCCCCAAACCCAGUGGCUUCCUCUCCCUGUGAGAUGAGGCUCACGUGUCCCAAAGAGCAGCAUUUACCCCCGGCGAGAUGUUUUGUGGUGCAAGCGGAGUUUGUUGCAUCUGGGAAAAUAGCAGCGUUGACACCAGGCUUGUCAUUAUGGGUGAGCGGGGCUGCAGAGCUAUAAUAGUAGCUCAGCCGACAGCCCCGCCUAAUCCUCCUGCACUGCCCGGCUUCAUGGAUCAGCAGAUUUCUACUCCUCCCCAGCCCCAAAAAAGGGCUCCAGUGGCCGCUGCCCAGCCCAGCCCACUUUCUCCCCAACCCUCGCCUUCCCCUGAUUGCACAGCAGGCUCCUGAUGGCCCUUCCUCCCACAGGCACUACCACAGCAUAGAGGUUUUCACCCACUAUGACUUGCUGACUCUCAAUGGCUCCAGGGUGGCUCAAGGACACAAGGCCAGCUUCUGCCUGGAGGACACCAACUGCCCAGAUGGUAAGUGCCAAGAGGGUGCAGGGGCAAAGCCAGAAUCUGGGGUUGCCUCUACAGCUGGGGUCCCCAAACUUUUUUCUGAGCCACUCCCCAUCCCCCACCCCGGUUCCAUAAAGUCCUCUCCAGUGGGUUGGACUAGAUGACUCUCAUUGUCCCUUCCAAUUCUAUGAUUCUAAGUUAUGCACACAAGCAGCCCCUGAAAGCAGAGGACCUUGGCAGUGAUGAAGGGCAGGCCUUAUUCUGUAUCAGUGCAUUGAGAACCCAGCCUAUGCUCAUUCCCCUACAGGACAGCAGCGGCGCUUUGCCUGCGCCAACUUUGGAGAGCAGGGUGUCAGCGUAGGCUGCUGGGACACAUACAGACACGACAUUGACUGCCAGUGGGUGGACAUCACCGAUGUGCCAAGUGGGAGUUACAUCUUCCAGGUAAGUGGUGGCAAGUGACAGGGAUGGGCAGGUGGACCGAUCUGGACACAGAACACCCCCUUCCCACGAUAGCUCUCUGAGCCACGCUUACAGCAGUCUCUACCCUCUGCCCUACCAGGUGGUUGUGAAUCCGAAACAUGAGGUAGCUGAGUCGGAUUUCUCCAACAAUGUCCUUCGCUGCCAGUGCCAGUAUGACGGACACCGCAUCUGGGUACACGGGUGCCACACAGGUAAGAAGAGAACAGCGAGGGAGCCUUGGCUAUGGCCAAAGCUGGGUGGGGGAGAUGCGCACUGCAACAGGACUGCAGAACACGAAUAGUGUUAUGAUCUGGGGUUGUAUGACAGCAAAAGGUGUGGGCAGAAUUUGGGUCCUCAAUGGGAAUGUAAAUGCCCCAAAAUACAUUCAAAUGAAGGAAAGCUACUGCAUAUCAACCCAAGCAAGUUGUGUUUCCUUUUUCUGGUUAUUUGGCUAUAACUUUUGAUAGAAUACAGAUAAUUUUACAAACUUUGUUGCAUUACGUUCUUCAUUUAAUUAUCUUUCCAUUGAUAUAUAUAUUAUGGUAUUACUAAAAAUAAAAGUGGUGUUAUGAGCUAUCAAACCUCAGAAAUACACUUUUUCCAAAAGGUUUCCACAAAUUUGGCCGCUAGUGUAUAAGUAUUAUUAUUAUUAUUAUUACUACUACCACUACUACUACUACUACUAUAUUAGCCACCCAUCUGAUUGGGUUGCCUCAGCCACCCUGGGUGGCUUCCAGCAAAAUAUAAAAACACCAUAAAACAUCAAACAUUAAAAACUUCCUUAUGCAGGGCUGCCUUCAGAUGUCCUCUAAAAGUCAGAUAGUUGUUUAUUUCAUUGAGAUCUGAUGGGAAGGCGUUCCACAGGUUGGGCACCACUACCGAGAAGGCCCUCUGCCUGGUUCCCUGUAGCUUCAAUUCUUGCAGUGAGGGAGCCGCCAGAAGGCCCUCAGAGGAGAAUCUCAGUGUCUGGGCUGAAUGACAGGGGUGGAGGUGCUCCUUCAGGUAUACAGAGCCAUUUAGGGCUUCAAAGGUCAGCACCAACGCUUCGAAUUGUGCUCGGAAACGUCCUGGGAGCCUUUAGGAUUGGUGUUAUAUGGUUCCAGCGGUUGCUCCCUGUCACCAAUCUGGCUGCCUUAUUCUGGAUUAGUUGUAGUGUCUGAGUCACCGUCAAAAGUAACCCAAAGCCACUGUUUCUUCCUCUCACUUGUAGGCGAUGAAUAUGGAGCCAACAUAGAAUGGGAUGAAGAGGCACAGCAGAGACUAGCCAGCAACUUGGUCUGAGGCAAAAGCGGUGCAAGGAAUUCAGGUUCUCAACUGUUCCUGGGCCCAGAACCUGCUCAAAACUCAGAGCAAACAGCAGAUACCAGCUGGCACACAAAUGAUAGCUGAAAGGAUUGUCUCCAUGCCUCCCUGCCUUACCACCAGCCUUGGGGUGACAUGCAGCAGCAGCAGCAGCAACAACUAUCCUUGCAGUGCCUGCUGCCCCUUGGCCUGCUUAUCCAGCCCAGCCUGCACAGUCUGCUUCCUAUUUUUACUGAGGUUGGCAGCUACGGACGAAAAUGGGGCUGAAAUGAGCUGGGAGGCUAUAGAGUCUUCUCUGUCCACCCCCACCCCUACCCCACCCAGGCCAAGAAAGUAGCACUGCUCAGAAGAGGCCCCUUCCUCUUGCCUCUCUGGCAGAUGGGCACGGGAGCAGCCCAGCCCAGAGUGACUACCUCAACCAGCUCCACCGCUGAAGAAUUCUGCCUCAGGAGCUCAUGUAUUUGGGGGCAGCCCUGUUUGCUGGCUAGUCCCACAGGCAUCCCCACCUCUACCACUGGCACGGAGGAGCCACCUUCCUGCCCAUGGGCACAGAACCCUGUGACGUAUCUCUGAGUCCGAGGGAAACCAGGCAUCUGGGCCCUUGCCUGCUACACACUCCAGCUGGGAUGUUCCUGAGGCUUAAACUUUAAGGGAUUGGGGAAGAGGGUCUGGUGCUAUCUGUGGAGUUAUUUAAUGUGCAAUGGACUGUGACGGCCGACAGCAUGGAGGGCAAAGGCCCUGUGUAGGGGGGGGUCACUUGGUCACCUCAGGGAAGAGUCCUCGACCCCACUCCACCAGCCCAAGCGCCAAAGGGCUCUCCGUCUCCACAUUUCAUAGGGCUUGUUCCUGCCAAUAAAGGUUGUUGUGUUUUGUUUUUUAAAAAAA